UAGUGAGAGGUAUGGACUAAGAUGCGAAUGCACCGUGCUACUUCAUCAGGAGGUGGAGAACACCUGAAAAAUAAGGUUGCUAGCAACGCUAUCUGAACACAUUCAUGUGAAGAAAACCUUUUUUACCUCAGCUGUUAGAGACUGUCAGCAGGUCCCAACACAGCAUGAUAAGAUCAGUUCACACACCGGCGUUGGUGGUAAGUGGAGUGUAAGGUCCAGCAGCCACUAUGUCAUGUGUAUAAAGGACCAGUGGUGGUGUUGCGGCCCCAGGCGGGAUGCUGCUGGAGGCUCAUCAGUAUGACUCUGCUGGACUUGUGGCUAUCGCGCUCCAUCCCCAUGUGCCUGCUCCUUCAGAGCCUUGUCCUCAUGGCCUUGUGCUUCCCCUCAGCCAGCAUGUGUCCAAAGGGCUGCAGCUGUUUACGCGACCCCCACCUCCACGGUCUCAAUGUUACCUGCAGUCAGUCCCGCCUCAAAGAGAUUCCCCCCAACCUCCCAGUCGACACUGUCCUUCUGAGGCUGGACCACAACCAAAUAGGUGCUGUGCCUGAUCAAGCCUUCCGUGGACUCCGGCUUUUGAGGGAGCUGAACCUCUCUUAUAAUGCAGUGGAAACUUUAGGGGAAGGUUCCUUUAGUGGCAUAGAGGGGACAUUACAGGUGCUGGACCUUUCCCACAACCGCAUCACUAGCGUUCACAGGGAUGCUUUUGCUCGGUUGAAGGCCCGCAUCAUUGUGGAUGAUAAUCCCUGGCACUGUGACUGCGCACUCCAGCAGGCCAUUGGUGGAAUGGCACACAACCAUGAGGCCGCAGCCAGGGUCCUCUGCAGAAGCUCUGAACUUCUCGAUCAGGAGGGGCGGCCUUUCUUGGCAGUGGACAUUGAUCUAUGUAAUCUGGCAAAAAGGACAACAGACUAUGCUAUGCUGGUCACCAUGUUUGGUUGGUUUGCAAUGGUUAUAUCAUAUGUGGUGUACUAUGUUCGACAGAACCAGGAAGACGCCCGACGCCACCUGGAGUACCUCAAGUCUCUUCCCAGUAAGCCCAAGAAACCUGAUGAUGCUGACGAUAUAAGCACUGUUGUCUGACAGCAGCACCACAAUGAGUCUUCAUCACUGACUUAAUGAAAUGUUUACGCAACAGGACCCACAUUUAUAGUGUUUACUAUUUUAAACUUUAGUCUCUGUGAGCAUCAAAAGUUUGUACUUUGAAACCUUUGUCGUAUGUCUUCACCAAGCUCAGUUUAAGUUUGAAGUGAAAUCUGACAAGAAAUAAGGCAAGACCCACAACGUCUUCAAACUAUAACAUUUAAAAAAAUAUAAUCUCAGGUUGAAAUAUUAAUGGCUUUUUAGAUAAAAAUUUAGAUAACGUGAAAAGAAAUUAUGGUCGUAAGACGAUAUGGUCCUUUACAUAAAGCCCCUAUUUUUCAGUGUCAAACAGCAUAAUAUUGUCAGCUUCUCCGGAACCUGGCAUGGAAACAAAGUGUAUUUAAUUUCCAUGGUGUUUUAAAAAAUUGGACAAAAGGUUUCUUAUGUGCCUCCUAGUCUUUACCUAGGUAGGCCUGUCUUUUAUAUAGACAAAUCUUCUUGCCAUGCUUUAUUGAAAAAUACCAACAAUGGGUAAUAACACAUUAUAAUGAAUUCCAAGGUAGCUAAUUCCUGCCAGAAAUAAAAGAAGAGCAAUGUUGUUUCAUACAACAAAAUAUGUUUGUUGGAAUUUAUGUAGUUUUAAUGGUUGCAUCUCUGUUUUCCAUUGAUAGGUUCAUUUUGAUUGGGCGGAAGGUGUAGCUUUUGUGUUAAACGAAUACAGUACUGUGAGCAUUUGCCCCCUUAUAGAUUUCUUCAGUCUUUGCUUUUCUGUCACAUUUAAAUGUGACAAGGAUAACCUGAAUAAAUACAAAUGCAUUUUUAAAUGAUAAUUUCAUUUAGUUAGGACAAAAAGCUAUCCAAACAAGUAUGGCCCUAUGUGAAAAGUAAUUACCCACUAAACCUAACAACUGGUUGUGCCCUACGUCUCAGCAACAACUGCCAUCAAGCAUUUUUGGUAAUGAGUCUUUUACAUCGCUGUGAAAAAAUUUUGGCCUACUGUUCUUUGUAGAACUGUUUUAAUUAAGCACCAUUGGAGGGUUUUCCAGCAUGAACAGCCUGUUAAAGAUCAUGCCACAGCAUCUCAGUCAAGUUUAAAUCUAAUGUUGGAUCAUGCUACUCAGUCAGUCAGUCAGUCAGUAAUUUUCUACCGCUUAUUCCAUAGUGGGUCGCGGGGAAGCUGGUGCCUAUCUCCAGCAGUCUAUGGGCGAGAGGCGGGGUACACCCUGGACAGGUUGCCAGUCCAUCACAUCAUGCUACUCCAAAACCUUUAUUUAGUGUUUUUUUACACAUUUAGAGACAGACUUGCUGGUGUGCUUUUAAUCAUUGCCAUGCUGCAUCACCCAAGUGCGGUGAGGCUUAAGGUCACAAACUGACCACACAUUCUUCUUCAGGAUCUUCUGGUAGAGAGCAGAAUUCAUGGUCUUAACCAGUUAUAGCAAACCGUUCAUGUCCUGAAGCAGCCAAGCAGGCCACAGUACCAUGAUUGACUGUGGGUAUGAUGUUCUUUGUCUAAAAUGCUGUUAAUUGUACAGCAGAUGUAACAAGACAAACACCUUAAACCUUUGGAAGCCAUUUUUGUCCAUUCUCUCUUUGUUAAAUCAUGAACCCUGAUUGACACAGUUAGACCUGCACAGGUUUAGAUAUUGUUCUGGGUUAUUUUGGUAUCUCCAGGAUGAGUCAUUGCUGAGCUCUUGGAUUAAUCUCGGUAGGCUGCUGCUCCUGAGAAAGCUCUUCACUGUUCCAUGUUUUCUCUGUUUGAAUCCAUGGUCCUCACUGUUAUUCUCUGGGGUCCCAGAGCCUUAGAAAUGGCUUUCUAGAUUUAUUCAUGACAAUGACUCCAUCUACUCUUAAUUAUUUUUUGAUUUUUAGACCUGACGUGUUUGUUUUUUUUUGAGAUCCUUUAGCUUACUUCAUGUUCUCAGACAGGUUCUAUUUAAAUGUUUUCUUAAUAUAACUGAUUUUAAAAGUCUUCUGAAAAGUGUUUCUUAAAGCAGAAACAUAAGAAAUCUGUCAGGAGGCAAAUCAACUUUUACAGCUCUGUUCAACUAAUGUAGCAUCCCCAGUGGUAUCAGUGUUUAAUCUGUCAUGAAUACAGUUAGGCACAGUUGAACCACUAAACCCAUUGCAUUUAACAUGAGAUGAUUUUUGUGAAUUUCUACAGAAGUAUGACAAUUCAUAAUUUGUGGUGGGUUAUUGAUGUGUGUCGUUAGAAUGCAAACAGUGCAUUUGGUUUGCUAAUUUUAUCAUUUGCACAUAAUUUGGUCAACUCGUCUCUUGUGAGCCCUUGUCCAUAUCUAAGACUACAACAGCUUACUUUUAGAAAUAUAUGUAGUGAUACAAUAAGAAAAAAGACAAAACUAGUCUUUGUGAUAGUUUUAGCAGUGUGUUGCCAAAUACGAUUCUUUGGUCAAAUAGUGAAAUGUUACUGCACAAUGAACGUUUCUUUUGUAAUAAACGAAGUUGUCUCUCUGGAGAGAAAUCACAUUAACUAAUGUUUACCAUAAAUUAAGAUUAGAAUAUUUCAAUAUUCUGCAAUUAUUCACUUUAUUUAUAUUUUUAUAUAUAAUCAAUAUAAGAUACGCUGAAUAACAAAAACACUAAACACAAAGUUAGGCACCCAGAAGCACUGGACUGAUUUAACUGAAUCUGGUACACAUGCAGAUCAGUGAUUGGUAAAUAAAGGGUUCUUUUUACAAAGCCCCAGAUAGUUUAAGUAAUGGAGUAAUAAAUCUAGGUACUGGAUCAUCUGAAAAACAGUCAAAACAGUAAGUGAAUGCCCCCAGAAAUAAAGUUUGCUUUGUAGAAGAUUAGACAGCAUCAGGACAGACAACCAUAGUAAUUAAUCACUGACAGGAGUGAAACACGAAGCCCUUAUUUAAGGACAAAGGUAGUAAAGGUGGUACAUGCUUGUUGGAGUUCCUUACUCUUUGAAAAUCUGAGGAAAAUGCGUCUUUCCAGACAUUGUUCUGAAGGAAAGAGUGCUUUGAUUUAAAAUAUGAUUGGAAAGAAAAAGGCAUUUAAAGAAGAGCAGGAAACUCAAGGUAAGAUGAUGUCAAGUACUUUAAAAUGUAAAAGAAAUAACAGACUACCAAUCAAAUGGAUUGAGAAGAGCAAAAUUAAAAAAAGAUCAGUCAUUGAUCAGCUCCCAGUGACAGGCCUGAAGAGAAAUGGUGCAUCUUUUGAUGGACUGAUAAAAGCAAGGCUCUUGGGGCUGCACACAGCUCAUCAGACCACCCCUAAACACCGAAUUCAAGCCAGAAUGUGAAACAUGGUGGAUUAGGUAUCAUGCUAUGGGCUUGUUGCUCAUUUUAGGGGCGGCUGUGCCUCAGGUGGUAGAAGUUCAUCUUGUAAUCGGUGGGUUGCUGGUUCGUGUCUUUGGGCGACUUGCUUGCUGGUGCGGAUGACUGAUGUAGUGUAAAGCACUUUGGAGUCUCUAGGGACUUGAUAAAGCGCUAUACAAGUUCAGGCCAUUUACCAUCAUGCUAUGGGCUUGUUGCUCAUUUUAGGGGCAGCUGUGCCUCAGGUGGUAGAAGUUCAUCCUGUAAUCGGUGGGUUGCUGGUUCGUGUCUUUGGGCGACUUGCUUGCUGGUGCGGAUGACUGAUGUAGUGUAAAGCACUUUGGAGUCUCUAGGGACUUGAUAAAGCGCUAUACAAGUUCAGGCCAUUUACCAUCAUGCUAUGGGCUUGUUGCUCAUUUUAGUGUGUUUGGCCCAUUUAUCACAUAGGAGGGAUCAUGAAUCAGGAAUCAGUUUGAAUACUUUAGAAUAUUUGCAAAGGCUGUGUUUCCUUAUUCUGAAGAGGAAAUGCCCUUGUCUGGUGUUAACAAGACAAUAACUCUAAAUACAUAAGUGACCUAAACCUAAAUAAAUAAGUGAGUGAGGAGCAUCUUGGCUCCAGAACAACAAAAUUUAUGUUACGGGGUGACCAGUCCGUGGGGCAAUCUAUACAAUGCUGUUUUUGAGGCAAAUCCAAGAAAUCCAGAGAAGUGUGUUUAAAGUAAUGCAAUCAUUCUGGGCUCGAUGCAACACAGAUUUGAAGCCUUUCUUAGAAGAAAGGAGGUACAUAAAUAUUCAUUCAGUGAUUGACAGGAAAGCUAAAUCUUCAAGCAUGUUUCAGUUUACACAACAAAUGGUUGAGUUUGUAAAGGAAAAUGCAGACAGUGCUCUUUUUGGUACAGCCUAAUAUUUCUUCUUUCUCAAGUUCCACAGAGAACAGAACAAAUCUGAUACUUUCUAAUGUUUUGCUUUGAAAUAGAAUGUGCAGUGUUGCCAAAGCAUUUACAUGUAUAGAAAUAAAAGCUAUUAUCAGGAUUAGAGCUUUAUACACUUAGCUUUAUGUCACAGGUAGGCCCAACGCUGGAACCAGUGGGUAUGCGAGGGAGUCAACACAUUUUGUUUCAUAUGUUGGACCACUGCACAACUUGACCACCUGUUCUUCAGCUGUGUACAGGGUAUCUCCAUCAAACCCCUAUCAAAUGCUGUCAAGCUGAACUGGUUACACCCCUGGUGGUGGUUCUAGACCUGUUAGCCAGUGUGCAUGUCUACCAAAUCAUGUUACAAUCAGGCCAUUCAUUCUGGGUGUGUAACUUGGUGCUUGAAUGUUUUUCAGUCAGUGAGUGUACAUUACUUGAAGAAUACCAACAGAUCUAAUCAUUCGUCAUAGACAUUCACAAUGGUUAUGCCUGAGGUAAGAAACCAUGAUAAUUAGGAUGUAUAUGCAUUGUGUAGGACUACAUAUGUAGCAAUUUAUUAUGAGUUUGUUACCAAUGCAUCAUGUUAAGAAUUUGUAUAUUUUUAUGGUCACAUCAAAAGCUACGUAGACCUGAGUAAAUCUCAAACCCUUUCCAAUCCCAGCUGAACUCUACAAUUUCCAGGUUCCCCUCCAGACAGGAGAUGUGUCUCAGUGUAAACGUUGGUUCAAAUGCCAAAUGACAGACUUAGUUUUGCGCCAGCCCAGUUAAAGCCUCUGAAGAUCUAGCCUGUGGUUGUUAGGAAUACAUAACAUAAUAGAACUCUAUGUCUUAUUAAAACCCCCUUUUGGUCGGUUUUUUGUUUGAACACUGAAAUUAAUUAUUUUUAAAACUGUAAAAAAAUGAUCUGAUAAGCUGUUUUUGAUGAUGACUAAAUAUUUAGGCAGAUUCUAAUUUAAAUUGACUUUCUUUUGGCUGCCUGAUUGGCCUCAUGCAAAUAGAAGGUAGCCAAGUGAAAAUAAUCUUUUAAUGGUGCCUACUGGGGUUAAUUAAAAAUAAAUACUGACCUUCACGCCUAUUUUCUGCUGUGAUUGGUGUGAGGUUGGUGUGAAUGUCACUAUGGAUGUCUUCCUGCACACUUCCUGCACACUGAACUUUAAUCCAGAAAUAAAAACAGUAGUCAAUUUAACCCUGUUUUACAAUAGUUGGCUUUUUACCCUUUAGCUCUUUCUGUUUAUUAGACAACAAUUUGCACAAGCAACUUCCUACUAUAAACUUACCACUUAUUCUCAUAGCUUCCUACUGAUGCCAGAUGUGUUGGUCAGUUUUGACUAUUCAGCAACAAACUAAGAUAAGAAUCAUUUUGUGAGUUAAGUGACCAAAAAACGGGUUUCCGGUAUUGAACCCAAUUGUACAAAACUACUCCAGCGCACAAACUGCAGUGAAUAUAUGGAAGUGGAGAAAGGUUGCUAAAGAUAAAUAUCAUAACCCAAAAGCUUUUUCCUGGAUGCUGUGUGUUAAAUGGUUUAAAUUGGUUUAGGUAGUUAGGUUAUCUGGAGUCACUGAACAUUAGACAGUUUUUUUUUUGCAUCUAAAGACACUUCAGCCACAACAGACUUUUAGAAGAUCUGGAUCUUCUUGCUACACACAAGGAAGGAACUAAGCUUCACAAUAUACUCCAUCCCUUCUUGCAGACAGCAUGACUGUUCAACCUUCAGUCCAGUCUGUUGUCCAGGUGAACACUGAGGUGUUUAUGCUCCUUUGCCACUUCCACUUCUUCUCCCAUAGUGGAAAUAAUGUUUGACAUAUUCCAGUACCUUCUAAAACCUAUUGGUCCCUAUGUAGAGCCAAUUGUAGAGCCAACAAGAAAAUUUAUCCAGCUUGACUUGAAUAUGUUCUGUUUUGUCCUGUGAGUCAGUGGAUUGAUGCCAGCACUGAAUUGCAUCAACACUCUGACACUGAAUAUCCAUGGGAAUCUUUCCGUGGAUCCUUCGUUCGAGUCAAACACUCCUUAUCCUUAUUUAGGAAAGUGUAAAAAAAUGACAUUUUAGCUCACAUGUCAUUCUCAAAUUAAAACCAAUAACAGAAAUCACAUUUUUUUCUCUGUUAAACCAUUUGACACAGACAACUUUUAACCACAUUUAGACAGAAAGUGAUGUCUCCAUGUGGACAACGUUUCACCUCGUCCACCUUUUUUACAUGGAAGGCAAGGGCCAAAUGUAAUUGUUUUGUAGGAGGGUAAUGUGGUGUUGG